AUGUCCUUCCCUAUGGACAAGAAAGAGUCUGUCCUGUCUGAAGACAAUAUCUCGUCGGCAGAAGGGCAAGUCGAUGCCUACAACCGCAAGCCAGAGUCCCUUCGCGCACUCAGCAACGAUGAUUUCAAUGCUCUCAACAAGAAGGUCGUCCGUAAGGUUGACCUUUUUGUCUUGCCCACCAUUGGCAUCCUAUAUAUUCUCAACUACAUCGAUCGCCAAAACUUGAGUGCCGCUAAACUUCAGGGCAUCAUGGAAGAUCUGAACAUGUCUUCUCAGCAAUUCGCCACGGCUAUUUCCAUUCUAUUUGUCGGCUAUCUGCCCUUCCAAAUUCCCAGCAACCUCAUCAUUACAAAGUUCUCCCGACCAGGCAUGUACAUAUGUGGUGCCGUGGCGGUCUGGGGUUGUAUUUCGGCUUGCACGGCGGCGGUCACGACAUAUGGUCAACUCCUCGCUGUUCGAGCCAUUCUCGGAGCCGCUGAAGCCGUUUUCUUCCCCGGUGCCAUCUAUUACCUCUCUGCCUGGUACACAAAGAGGGAGCUAGGGAAGCGUAUUGCCGGGCUAUACAUUGCCCAGCAAGUCGGUAAUGCCUUCGGGGGUCUCUUCGCCGCAGCUAUCCUCCAACUUGAUGGGCACCAUGGCAUCCGCGGCUGGAAGUGGCUAUUCAUCAUCGAGGGCAGUGCCACUGUCGGAAUUGGCAUAAUCUGCGCCUGCAUCAUGCCAGAAUUCCCCCACAACAGCCGUAUCCUUUCCCAGAUUGAGCGCGACUGCGCCGUGUGGCGUAUCGAGUCUGAAUCUGGUGCCGCAGAGGGCACAGAGGACGAGAGCGUGUGGAAAGGGUUUGGCAAAGCCCUCUCGGACCCCAAGCUGGUGCUGCUCAUCAUUUGCAACAUGCUAUCCCAAACACAGGGCUCCAUCGCCAACUACUUCCCCACUCUCGUAGCCUCGCUCAACUUCUCCAGAACCGUCAGCUUGCUUCUCACAGCACCCCCCUAUAUCCUCGCCGGCAUCGUCUACUACGUCCUGAUGUUCUACUCCGAUCGCAAGAAUACCGUGUACCCAAUUAUCCUCCUUUGUAUCGCCAUCUCGAUCCCGAUGUACAUCAUCCCGAUUGCGAGUACCAACGUCGGCGCCCGCUACUUCUCCAUGAUGAUCCUGCCCUUCGCCUCCGUCGGUCCCCAGCUCCUCCUCUACAAGACAAUCAACCUGCACCUUGCACGACCCAUCUCGAAGCGAGCGGCUGCCUCUGCUUUGGUUAAUGCCAUUGGUGGUACGUCCAACAUUUGGGCCUCAUACCUAUACUUUGGAGAGCCCCAUUUCUAUGCUGCCUUUGGCACGCUUAUGGGUGCUGCUGUCUUGUUCGGGUUCACGAUCACUGCAUACCGUUGGCUCGUCUUGCGCGAGAACAAACGUCUGGACUCGGGAGAUACCUUGGAAAUAGCCAAGGUGAUCAAGGGUGGCGUCACAGAAGAAAUGGUACAGCUCAACUGGCGCUACGAGAUGUAUUGA